UGUGAACGGUCUGUUCUCAUCCGAAAGAAUAUUCUAUGGUAUUCAGUGCGAUCAAACAAUCAUUUGAUCGUGAACAGACCACAUGAACGGUUGUCGCCGUUCGUUACGCGUUUAUGUUUCUAUAAGUUUUCGGUUUCCGAAAAGUGCGUGUAUCGAAGCGAUAAGAAAGAGAAAAACUCACAGGAAAACAUAUUAUCGUAGGAACUAAAAAAAAUUAUUAUUAAUAAAUAACAGAGAAGAAAAAUCAACUGCUAUUGAUUAUUUGAUGCAGGCGUGAAUUGAAAACAAAAAAGUGUUUUUUUUUUAAAUUGAAAGUUAUUGAACAUUGAACUGACUUGAUAUAAGCCAUUGAUAUUAUUUGUGUGAUUAAUCAUUUGCAACCGAUUUCUUUAAAAUAUUGGCAAGAUGAAACCCAUUUUAUGGGUUCUUGCUACUUUGUGUUUCACACUUUUUGUCGAUUUGGCAUUAAGUGCACCAUCGAAGACAAAUGAUGUUAGUCCAAAACUUGAAUUAAUCAACGAUCAUGAAAUUCGAGAAAAACGUGCUAGCCGAACGGGGCAAACUCAAUCACAGUACCUGAAUUAUGGUGAUUCACAAACUGAAGGUAAAGCUGAUGCUGAAAUAACAAGAUACGGUUCGCGAGCAUCUGUGUCUGGUUCAAAUGGAAUGGGACAGGCCCAAAGUCAAUCGUCUGGCACAGGAUGUGAUGAAUGUUAUGGCAGCGAUAAUGGAUAUUCGCGUGGUGGAACUGGUAGCGGUCCAGAUCCAUUGAGAAGCGCGACUGGUUCAUCAAAUGGUUUGCCAACACAACGACAAACAUCGUCAAAUCUGGGAUCGAUUCCAUCGGGAAGCGGUUUCAAUAUAUAUGGUAGACCAAUUAGUGGAGACGUACCCAUUGUUGGUCCAAGUGGAUACGACUCUCAAGGUUUUGGUCCUUCAGUGGGCGGCCGUAUACCAUCUGAAAAAAUAAAAGAUGGAUAUGGAUAUCCAUUGAGCGGCGGUGAUACUUUACAACAACCGGGUAAUUUGAAUAAUGGUUUUCCACCAAGCCAAUCGGUUACUGAUCAAACGGGAAUUCACGGUAAAACACCAACAAAUCUCGGUAGCUCAUCAUUUUUGAAUCGACCUAUUGGUUCCGGAAAACCGAGCAUACAAAUUGAUACGUCAAAUGGUCGUCCAUCAAUUUUGGCUGGACGAAAACCCAGUACAAGCGGCAUUGAUAGUGGUAAACUUGUUGAUGGACAAGGUGGAUAUUUACCAUCACAUGAUACUGGAAGCGGUAGCAACAUUGGCCGUUCAACACCAAAUAAAUUGCCUUCAUCGCAUUUGCCAUCGUACAGUCAAGUGCACGGAGGUGGUUCGCCAGUGGAUAAUAUAACGCCAUCACCAACCAUCAGCCGACAAUCACCAAUUCGUAGUGGCACUUACGAUUCAACACCGUCUGGCUACCCAGAUCGAAGGUCUGGCGGCACUGGAUUACAGCCAAUCGAUAAACAACCACAAGAUAGAUACGAUAAAAUCCAUAAAACUGGAACACUUAUUGACAAUCGUAAUGGACCAUCAUCAAAUGUGCCGUCAACAGAAGUGCUCGAUGGUUUGAGGCAAGUCUUAAAAUUGCCACCGGGCUUGUGCUUGGUACGAUGCGACACUGUACGACCUGGUCAAAGUUUGACAACAGAUGAACUGACCGGUAUUCUCUCGCCGAAAGAUCAAUUUACACAACCUGGAAAACCUGGCCAAUAUCCAACCAUUGAAUCACAAGUUUUAUCAGGUUCGCAAAGUUUGCCAGAUCAACAGCCCUCAGUUUACUCACAACGAGGUCAACAACAAAUAGGAGGAGCUCAAUUACCUCAAUCUGGUACUCCUUCAGGCCAAUAUCCACAAACUGGUACUCCUUCAGACCAAUAUCCACAAACUGGUACUCCUCCAGGUCAAUAUCCACAAACUGGAACUCCUUCAGGACAAUAUCCUCAAACAGGCACACCUGCAGGCCAAUAUCCUCAAGCAGGCACACCCACAGGCCAAUAUCAACAAACUGGUACUCCUUCAAGCCAAUAUCCACAAACUGGUACUCCUUCAGGCCAAUAUCCACAAACUGGUACUCCUUCAGACCAAUAUCCACAAACUGGUACUCCUCCAGGUCAAUAUCCACAAACUGGAACUCCUUCAGGCCAAUAUCCACAAACUGGUAUUAUUCCAGGUCAAAAACAACAACCAGGAUACACACAGUAUCAACAUAUAUCAGGACAACAGUAUACUCAACCCGGAACUGGUUUGGGCCAAUAUCCACAAGUAGCACCAGGACAACAACUACCUGGCGGUGUUACAACGUCACAAGGUCCAUUACCAGGUUAUUCUCAAUAUACACCAACUGGAUCUCAACUUCCAUCAAUUCCACAAGUAGGCCAAACUCAACAGGGAUAUGGACAAUAUCCACAAGGAGGUCAAUCCCAACCAGUGAUCCAUCAACAAACUGGCGGUGUUACAGGCUUACCUACAGGUCAAGUGCCAUCACAAACAGGAACAGUUGUACAAUUUCAACAAACUGGUACUCCUUCAAGCCAAUAUCCACAAACUGGUACUCCUUCAGGCCAAUAUCAACAAACUGGUACUCCUUCAGGCCAAUAUCCACAAACUGGUACUCCUUCAGGCCAAUAUCCACAAGCUAGCUUUCCGUUGGGACAACAAUAUACUCAAGCGGGCACUCCGUCUGGUCAGUAUCCACAAGGAGGUGUUCAACAAGUGCCAACAUAUACACAAGGCCCAUUGGUACCAGGUGUGACAACAUCACAAGGUUUAUUGGGUGGCGGUUAUCCUCAAUAUACAACACCUACAACUGGAUCUCAAAUUCCAUCACUUUCACAAGUUCUUCCAGGACAAUCUCAACCGGGUCUUUCACAAUAUCAACCGGCAGGUCAAACAUCAACCGGAGCUAUAUUGUUGCCAGCAUCACCAAUUCCUGGUGUGCAACAGCAAGGCGGUUAUCUACAAACUGGUGGCGUUUCAGGCUUGCCCACAGGGCAAAUCCCAUCUCAAACCGGUCAAUGGCCUGGUUUUCAACCAAUUGGUCAAACACCAAUGGGUGGACAGCAAUAUCCAUCGGGUGGCCCAGCACAACCGAGAUUUGGUGGCACUGACGAAAGUGGUAGUGCUCCGGUAUCUGGUGGUGCCAUUUCAUCUGGAGGUACACAACAAGCAGGUGGUGUAGCACAAUACCCAAGUGUAUUUGGACCAAGUCAAACGCAACAAACAACUACAGGUGCUGGACAAUACUUACCACAAUAUCCAACAUCGGUAGGCGGUGGCACUGCUGGAUUGCCAGCAUAUCCAACAACAGGUUACCCUGGAACAGCAGAUAACAUCGCAAUCUAUCCAAGUGGUGGACAAUUAGGUGGUGGUUCCUUUAAUGGCAAAGUAGUUGGAACGGGCGAAAGUGAAGUUAGUGGUGGUGCAGCAAGCGGUGAUGAAGAUGGUUUUUCACAAGCCGAAUCAUCGAUUAAAAAUGGUGAAGUAGUAGCUAGCGCUCAAGGAACAAAGAAUGGCGGUACUGCCCAAACACAAGUUCAAGGUACAUACAGUGGAACUGGUUCAUUCUCUGCAUCUGCUCAAACAGCCGACAAAGAUCGUUCGGCACAAGCUCAAGUGUCUGGUCAUAAAGACGGUGCAUUGAGUUCGUCACAAGGUUCAGGCGGAAAAUCACAGGCUCAAGCACAAGUUGAAGUUAAUGAAAAAACUGGCGGCACAUCAGCUAGUGGCCAAACAUCGGGUUUGGCACAUAACAGCCAAUCUGAAGUAACGGCCAACGAAAAGGGUGGAUUAGCUGAUGCACAAAGCAGCGGGCCAGGACAAACAUCGUCACAAGCACAAAUCGGUUUCAGACCAGAAGGUGAAUCCGUUCAAAGUCAAGGUUCAAAUAUCUUCAAUGGUGGUGGCCAAGCCUCUGCUCAAUCUGGAGUACACUCAGGAUUGAGUCAGUCACAAAUUCAAGGCAACUUCAAAUUGGGCAUUUCAUAUCACGGUGCUGCACAGGCAGCUUCAGGCACCAAAGAGCAAGUUAUAUCUUACAGAGAAAAAAGUAAAAAACUCUUCCAAUCGAUCGGUCAAUUCACACGAGCAAAUCGUGAUGCAGUUACAAAUGCACCAGUAUCCGAUAUUGCCAACAUAAAUGACAUUGGAUCUAAAGCGAAACCAACUUCACUUGCACCAGAUGUAACACCAGACGAUUCAUCGCUUGAGGAUGACUAUACGAACGAUGAGGGUGGAGAUGCAUACGAUGAUGAUUAUGAAACGACUGAAAAAGCAAAUGGAACGAAAAAAACCGCCACCAAAACGAGUCGCAUGGAAGUUGAAUUGCCACAAAAAGACGUUUUGGAUGCAACACCAGGCAAAUUAAAAUCAACUGAUGUGACAACAACAGCUACGUUGCAUACAAAACCAACCGCCAUUCCAACGACAAAGGUGAUGCCAUCCCAUCGCAUGCCGGCCAUUCGCAGUGAAAUUGUGCCGGAUGGAUUCAAGGGUAAAAUCGACGAUAAACGACAAAAAAACAAUUUAACAUCAUCGCUGAAAAAUCGACUGAGCAAUGACGACGAAACCAAGGUCGAUGUCAAACCAGAUACUUAUGUAACUGUUACAAAGUCAGUUAGCGGUAGUUUAGAUAAUGCCAAAACAACACAAACCGAUGAUAAGAAAUUCGAAUCAACUUACUACACAAAGAGUUCGACAUGCGGCUAUUUCACAUUCUCAUGUAACAUUGUGUACGGUUCAAAUGGUCGCAGCAAAAUUUGCCGACCGAAAACACCAACCAACGGAAAAUGCUAAAUCAAAAAACAAAACAUACAUUUAAAAAAACAACAACAAAAUAAGCAGGCAUUUAAAAACAAAAACAAAUCAAAAACUUUUUUCUGUCGUCAGAUAAACUAAUAAUAGUAUUUAUGUUUGAAUUUGUUCCAUAAGAGAAGAAGAAAGAAAAGAUUAUUGAAUUUUUUGUAACGGUCUAACACUGAAAAAAAUGAUUUUUUUUUUAAAUUUGAUUGUAUGUACUUAUUGGAUGAUUUUAUCACUCCCGCACAAAAUACUAGCACACAUACACAUACCUACACUAUGUUAAUGAGAUAAAGUACAUUCGGUUAAUAAAAAACUGCCAAAACAUUUAAAUCUCUAUAUUUGUUCUAAGUGUAACUAAUUUAAUUAGAGAUGAUGAAUCUUUGAUUAGACGUAAGUAAGACAAAUUCAUUUCGGUAAAAAAAAGUAAACAAGAAAAAUAAUACAAAUAAAAGUUGAUAAGCUUAA